AACAGCUAAUAUUUAAAGAGAAUUACUCAUGACAUCAGCUCAAAUUUAAUUUGCUGUUGCAUAACACUAGUCUGUUGAAAGUAACUUAGAUUUAAAUAUCGAUCGUUUUGUGUGUUUGCGCAUUUAUUUUGUGCGCACUGUGGACUUUAUUUUGUCUUAGUGUAUUAGUCCGCUUUUGACCUGCAUUACUGCGGGUGUUUACCGGUCACUGACUCGCUUCCUCCGAUCAAAAUGGUUGGACUCUGGGGAUUCGUCAGGUUGUCAACACAGUUGUCAACACAGUUGCUUAAAGGGACAACAAAGUUGCCUAAAUCAGUACUGGUGCAGCCCAAGAGGUCUUUCAGAGUUAUCUAUGGUGAUCUAGAAAGACUGCCCCACAGAGUGCGCCACUAUGUGGAAGAAAACGCUCGACUGUGUCAGCCGGACUCUAUUCACAUCUGUGACGGGUCGGACAAAGAGAAUGAUUUGCUUAUGUACAUACUACAAAAAGAUGGCAUCUUGAAACGUCUUCCCAAGUACGACAACUGCUGGCUUUCAACGACUGACCCUGCAGAUGUAGCACGUGUUGAAAAGAAGACGUUCAUGUCGACAAAGCUGAAGCGUGACACGAUCCCAACACCGAAGCAUGGUGCAGACUGUCAGCUGGGCAACUGGAUGUCUCUCGAAGACAUGGACAACGCACUGAACAUGCGCUUUCCUGACUGUAUGAAAGGUCGCACUAUGUACGUGAUUCCGUUCAGCAUGGGCCCAGUCGGCUCUCCGCUCUCCAAGAUUGGCAUUGAGCUGACUGACUCCGCCUACGUCGUGGCCAGCAUGAGGGUCAUGACCCGGGUCGGGUCAAAGGUCCUCGGUGUCUUGAACGACGAAGAGUUUGUCAAAUGUCUGCACUCAGUUGGAAGCCCACUGCCAUUGUCUAGACCGAUCCACAACAACUGGCCGUGCAACCCACAGAACACAAUUAUCGCUCACAUUCCUCACCGUAAUGAGAUCUGCUCGUUUGGAAGUGGCUAUGGUGGAAACUCUCUGCUGGGCAAGAAGUGCUUUGCCCUGCGGCUUGGUUCGAUCCUUGCUAAGAAGGAAGGCUGGCUCGCGGAACACAUGCUGAUUCUUGGAAUUGAGAAUGAAAAAGGUCAGAAGAAAUACAUUGCAGCUGCGUUUCCGAGCGCUUGCGGCAAGACCAACCUGGCCAUGAUGAACUCGAGUCUGCCGGGAUACAAGAUCACGUGUGUGGGCGACGACAUCGCGUGGAUGAGAUUCGACAGCAGUGGAAAGCUGCGCGCCAUCAAUCCAGAGGCUGGAUUCUUUGGUGUGGCACCUGGUACUUCCAUGAAAACAAACCCCAAUGCAAUGAAAACUGUCAAGUCGAACACGAUCUUCACAAACGUGGCCCAAACCAGUGAUGGUGGCUUCUUCUGGGAAGGGAUGGAGGAUGAAAUCUCGAAGUCUGUGACCAUCGAGUCAUGGCUGGGAGACAAGAACUGGUCGAAAGAAGAUAGCGAAGGGAAGCCCGCAGCACAUCCCAACUCCAGGUUUUGUACCCCUGCUGCUCAAUGCCCCAUCAUGGACCCAGCCUGGGAGAGCACAGAGGGAGUCCCCAUUGAUGCCAUUAUUUUUGGUGGCCGAAGACCAAAAGGAGUCCCACUGGUGUACGAGGCCAUGAACUGGCAGCAUGGUGUCUUCAUGGGUGCAGCGAUGCGCUCCGAAUCGACCGCCGCAGCUGAGCACGCGGGCAAGGUGAUCAUGCAUGAUCCGUUCGCCAUGCGGCCGUUCUUCGGCUACAACUUCGGUGACUACCUCAAACACUGGCUCAGCUUCCAGGACAAGCCCAACCUCCAGCUGCCGAGAAUCUACCACGUGAACUGGUUCCGCAAGGAUGCCAACAACCACUUCAUCUGGCCCGGCUUCGGCGAGAAUGCGCGCGUCCUCGACUGGGUGUUCCGGCGCUGUGACGGAGAAGACUCCGCAGACAUGUCGGCCAUUGGUUAUGUUCCCAAACAAGGCACGCUCAACCUGUCCGGUCUCAAAGAGGAAGUCGAUCUAAAGGAACUCUUCAGUCUUCCUCCAGACUUCUGGCGGGAUGAGGUCGUCGCCAUUGGUAAAUACUUUGACGAACAGGUGAAUCAAGAUCUGCCGCCACAGAUACUUGAUGAGUUGGAGAAACUGAAGCAGCGUGUGGCGGCUUUGUAAUUGACUUGUAAUGCAAUAUACAAUUAUAGUGUUAGAAACACAAGAUGGUCAUCGAAAUACACCAGUAUUUUCGAAAUACACGUGUGUCUGAAAUACAUACAUCUUCUUUUUUUUCAAACGUUAAUACCUUGAUCUGGAUUUUCUGACAUUGGUGUUCCCCAACUAUACAGCUGUUGUGACAAUCUUUAUAGUAAUAAUUAUUUUAUACUGUAUUUUUAAUUGUUGAUGUGUAUAUUUAUAUAUUGUUUAUGUAUUGAUGUGUUUUUAUAAUGAAUAUUUUUAGGAUUUUAAGGUUUUAUCUCGUGUCUUUAAUCAUUACUGUAUUAUAGAGUUGUAUAUAUUAUUUGUUAAUAUAUUUGUCAGAGGUGAAUUAUUUGAGGUCAGUUUUUUAGUGCACUAAAACUUUAAGAAUUAAGUCAUUACAAAUGUAUUGACAAUUUUGGUGCAACAAAUUUUAGUUCAUUGUCAUAUUUUCCGAUGAUUAUAGUUCCUUUCAUUAAUCAUUAUUCAUGUCAUUAUAUGUAGUUCAGAAUUUAAGUAAUAUAUUUACUGGAAACUAGACAUUACUGAACUUUUUUUUAAAUUUGUAAAAAUUGUGUUUUGCCAAGCACAUACUCACAAAUUCACUGGUUUUCUAAGUGUCUAACCAUUUAUGGUAUAAUUGGUAGAAUUUGUAUCAGAUUACCAAAUAACACUUAUUAUAGUCUUAUCAGAAAUUUUAAAUGACUAGUAUCCAACUGAUAUGUUGUUCUACAUGAGAUCUACAUAUUGUUAUAAUUUUGGAGAUGUUUAUUUGUAACAUUCCAACUUUUAAGUACCAGUAUCGAGAAAAACAUAUAGCAAUGGGAUGAAUCAAAAAUGCAGACUUCAGUGUGAAGGGAGCCCCUAAACUCGGGACGUUUUUUCCAUUUGUUCUGAAGAGCGCUUGCAGUAAUAAUCUAUAAUUUAUGCUGUUAUAUUAGAUAUUUUAAUUGUGGGACUUGCACAUAAAAAUAAACAAUAAUACAUAAGUUAUCUUGUAAUUUAGUUGAAAGCAAAGGAGGAAAUAUCUCCCCCACCCCACCCCCACGAUGUCUCACUAAAUAUAUGUUACUAAUAACACUGAAGCACACUUGGCUUGUAAACUAUUUAGCACUUAUUUAGGAUCAUGAUGUAAAAUGAUAAGUUAACUUGUUUUCUGAUGAUAAUGUUUACUCAAAGGGUUACUAUCAGUUUUUGUCAGUUAAAAAACAAAUGUGAUUUUAAAUAUUGUGAAGACAUGCCACAAUACAAUAACACAAAACCAAUAAGUUAGCUAUUUAUUUCAUGCAUUCUACAAUUUAAUUUAAUUAGAAAUGCAUUGUUAGUUACAAUUAUCAUAUGAAAUAAUUUAACCUGGUGUCAGAAAAUUGGGUCAUCCAGCUACAGGGUGUUGAGUUAACAUUAUCUAGUCAUCUUCUUACUUUAAAAUGUAUGACUGUUUGACUUAAAGUUAUAGACGUGGUUUAUCAUUCUUCUUCCAAUGCAAAUGGAUGUGAAAUACCGGCCUGUACCACACAGCUGUUUAUAGCAGUGUGUUUAAGCCUUGCACAUAAAACCAGAUCCAUCUAGGACCGAACUAACCAAUGUUAAAGCUCUAUGCUGGCCAUACAGAUUGGUUCUAUAACUAGUUAAUAUGUGUGUGGAAGGUUGAGUAAAUAACAUACAUGGUUCUCUUCUGCUGAGUAAAUAACACACAUGCUUUAUUGUUGUGACUUGCAUAAUUAUAAAAGUUGUUAAAUGCGAAUUGGUUUAACUUAAUCUCUAAAAGAGAAGGACUAGACAUUUUGAAUUUUGCAAUCAUGUUCAACUGUGAUACGCCUAAGAAACAUAAUUCUAUUCUUAGCAUCGUGAAAUUUAAAUAUUUAUACAUUUCUCCCAUAUGUGUAUUUGUGUGUGUACUGUGUACAUAUAUUUUAUGAUGAUACCCAUGUAUAUGUGUAUAGUUAUGACUUCUGGAUUCACCAUUGGGUUUUAGUUUAUGGAAAUAUUAAUGCAUAUAUAUCUAAAGGGACUAGAUUGUUGUUAUAUGGCAGUGUGUGUGUUUUUAUGUAAUAUGUUUUGGUGGUUUUCUUAUCUUAAACUGUGUGUCCAAAGAAAUUUGAACCAUUUAUGAACAUGACUGAAUAACAACCGCCUGUAUAUAACAGACACUUGAGAAAUAUAAUAUUUGCAAAUAUUGACCUGUUGAUUUGCUAGACAACUUAGUGGUCAUUAUAGACGUGUUUGAUUGUAUUUGUAAAUUAGUGUUAUGACUAUAUUUUUAUGUUGUUGAUCUCGAAUGUGUGCACGUGUAUUCUGAUCAGAGUAUCAUUUGUUUGUAUCGAAAGGUGGGGUGGGCUGGGCUGGGGAGUAGGGAGCAAUUUGAAAAAGAUAUGAAAUGUUUUCUAUGAAAAUGCUAUUAAAGAGAAUAAAAGUUUAAAAAUUAAA